AUGUUCGUGCCCGCGGCGGAGCUCGUGAAGAGGAAGGGGGACGAGGCCUUUCAGGAGGCCGCGGCAGGAGGGGAGGAGGACGACAGCAAGGGUGUGUCCAAGCUGCACCAGGUAUUCGCCAAGCUGGUGCUCCAGCACGAGGACGUCAUCCGGAACGGAGCGAGGGACGACAACGUAGUGGCGUGCUUCAGGGAGGACGCCCAGAUCGCGAUCGCUCUCGAAGCGGGGGCGCAGCACUACAAGAGCGAGGGGCAGAAGGCGCAGGAGAAGGCCGAGGCCGAUCAGACGGAGUAUCGCGGCCACCCGCUCGGCAAGCGGCCCGACGCGUUCUUGAAGAUGCUUCUCUACCGCCUCAACGAGGCAGUGACCCUAAAAAACGCCGAGGUGCAGGCGGCGAUCAAACAGGGCCCCUCUCCGGACGAGGCCCUGGCGGCAGUGCAGGUGUUGGCGAAGUGGAGCGCCAAGGCACAGGACAAGGAAGACCGAGUGGUGGCCACCAGGUGCUUCAAAGUGAGCGUGGCCAGCGAGGAGGAGGGCAAGCCGGCGACGAUCAAGUGGGUGUUCGCCACCAACUCGCACCCCGAGCUGCGCGAGGCCUUGUUCAGGUUGCGGGCCAACGGCGGCCUCCGCGCGGCGGGGAUUCUUCUCGACUUCGAUUCCGCCCCGCGCUCGAAGGCGGCGAAGCAGCUGGAGCAAAUGGUCUUCAAGAAGGGCGGGGGCCGGGGCAAGGGAGCGAAGAAGGCAAGGAAGAAGUGA